GUAAUCUCCAUGCAGAUUUGUAGUUAUUUAUUCGCUGUCAUGUAGAUGCCGUGUGCUUUUACAAAGAUCGCACUGAUAAUGCAGCUAUGUUUUGAUUAAAUAAACUACCGAUCACAUGAAAGCCACACGCCAUCAAACAUGAUAUUUGUCAACCUGAGAAAUUGUCUGAAAAUAGUAUGCUGUAUGGGCUCCGUAGUCCUGAUCGGAAGUCUGGUGAUCGUUAUGCAUAACACAAGUCCGCACCGGCAAAUGCAAGACGCGCUGAAUGAGGAAGGAGGAUGCUGUGCGACCAUGCAUAAUAAUGUCACUGGUUCCCAAGAGUAUCUCCCUGAAACGUUUGUACGCUUUACCAGACAUAUUUCAUCAGGACAUUUUAUUGGCCAUGGAAAGCUUAAAGCGAACCACCACCGAAAGAAGCCUACCAAAACCGGCGCGGAAUCGACGUUCCAACCGAAAAGCUGCCUGCUUGAUGACAGGAUACCGUCAAUGAUUUUGUUCGUUUCGUCCCGGCCAUCUUCCGCAGAUAUGCGAGCUGCUAUAAGAGAAACAUGGGGUCUUACUGCAGCAUCGUGCGGCGUAAAGGUCAUUUUUGGUUUCGGCAAGCAAACGAAUCGCAAAGUGCAAGCGCUUAUUAGCACGGAAAGCGUUAUGUACGGUGAUGUGCUACAGAGCAGCCGCGUUCGGGAUGGAUACCGCAACCAAACCGCGUUGGUUCUAUCCUUUUUUCAUUGGGCAGCGGAACACUGUAAAGCCCCCUUAGUGGCCAAGGCGGAUGAUGAUACUUGGAUAAACUUUCCCCUUAUCAUGCCGUUCCUGAAAACGUUGCAUUACGACCACUUCAUGGUGGGCUUCCAUUUUCAGUCGGGUACCAACGUAAUUCGGGAUACGCGGCAUGCGCAAUUUCUCACGAAAGCUGAGUAUUACGCUGACCUUUUUCCGGUGUAUGCAUCAGGAAUUCUUUAUGUGUUUUCGGCGGCUACUUUGCCCGCACUGUUGCGCACAGCUUUUCAUGUCCGCCAACACUGGAUCGACGAUGUCUACAUUACCGGCGACCUGAUUGAAGAAAUCAACAAAAAGUGCACAACAAAGACGAUUAGCAGUUCCAUCUGCAUACAGCGGGUCAACUUUUGGGGACUGGCAACUUGGCCAGAUUUGCGUGCUUCUCCUGGAUGUCAUUUGAUUAACAGCACCGCAAUGCAUAAAAUCGAUCCUUUAACGAAACGCUUGGCAUUUUAUUUGCCUUGCUUAGAAAAUUUGAGGUUAUGUGCAUAAAAUGUGGAGAAAUCUUAAGUUAAAAAAUACC